AGCUUCCGACCCAGCGGAUCUCAGCUUAGCGCAAUUGCAUUUAAAUAGAUAAAUAAUUGCCAUCAGUGACAGAGACUAGGAAAACAAAGGCUUCUACAAUGUCAGCGGAGGAUGUGCCCUUGAUAGCCACGUCCAAACUGCAGCCGACCAUCCAGUUCGAUGCCAAGAAGGACUUCCAUACGCUCACUCGUCAGCAGGAACUUGAUGGGGCUUUCCUCGGAAACGAACGACGUCCCUGGGUUCACAAUAAGGCUCGCAGGGACACACGGCGUGAACGGGAGAUCCUCAAUGGGCUGCUGUCCUCCAGCAGCGUGGAUUCCGACUACGCUAGUAAUUGUGUGGACAAGCUGAUUGACGAGGACAUUAGCUACAGAGACUUGGCUUCCCUCACCGACGAGGACCUGCAACUCUUUGGUUUCAAGUCCGAGAAACAACGCAAACAGCUCAUCGACAUGUUCGACAAGAUGCCCAAUCAGGAUCCCAGCUACGAUUACAUUUGCAAUAAUCCGGAGGCCAAGGGCUAUAACAAUCAGAUCCUGGGCAAUGCAGCCAGUCACUUUAUGUCCUUGCGCGCCUCCCUAGCGGUCACCAACUACAAGUUGCAGGUGUCCACACCAGAGGAUAUGGUCGUGGGCGACAAACGCUAUGCUAGCUGCUUUGCCCUUGAAACCCUGAAGAGCGUCAAGCAAAUCACCGAUGAGAUAGCCAAGGAUAUCAAGAAAAUCGAAGCCAACACCCAGAACUUAAGAAACCAAGAGGACUUCAAGGCUCAGGGGAACAACAAGAAGAAAAAGUUCAACCUGGCCACCGUUUUAUACUACACCACGUUGGCCGUGGGAUUCUCGUGCGCCUGGUUCUGGUGGUGGACCAAGUUCCACAGUGCACCCCGACUAGAACGGAUCUCUGUUCACACAUAAAACCAAACAUUAACGAAGCAUUUCAGCAUUUAGCUGCAUUCCCAUUUUCAUAUAGUAUUAACAAGCACAAAGUUUUUAGAAUUAAACUUUUUUGGUUAAGCUUUUGCAUAAUCUCAUGGCGUAUUGAAGUUUUACUGCCGAAUAUGUACAUUUAAUAGACUAAACGUUGUAUUAACAA